CUGCUGCGCCUUUUAUUUCCUUAUGUCUCCUUACCCGUAGGCUUGUGUAGGAGGGAGGGAGGGAGGGUGGGGAGGGGCCGUACGGGUGAGUAUAAGAGCCAGAAGAGCGGACAGGGCUCGGGAUGCGGGAAGGCUUCCGUGAGAGCGCUCAGGAUGGGGAACUGGAUCAUCAACAAUGGAUUUUCAGCCGUCACGCUGACGGUCUGGAUGGGCCUCAACAUUUUUCUAUUUGUCUAUUUUUACUUCAUCUACGACCUGGGGGAUGAGUAUUUCUACACGCGUCAUCUAUUAGGGUCGGCCCUGGCCUGGGCCAGAGCUCCUGCAGCUGUGCUGAACUUUAACUGCAUGCUCAUCCUCCUCCCGGUUUGCAGGAACCUGCUGUCUCUGAUCCGAGGCUCCUUAGUGUGUUGCAGCAGAACUAUGAGGAAACAACUGGACAAAAAUCUGACUUUCCACAAGCUGGUGGCGUACAUGAUUGGUCUGAUGACAGCCGUUCACAUGGUGGCCCAUCUGCUGAACGUGGAGUGGUACAACAACAGCAGGCAGGGGGAGUACGACGAGCUCAGCACCGCUCUGUCCAGCCUGGAGGACACAGACAACACCACCUACCUGAACCCCAUCCGCAAAACCGACAUAGAUCCGCAGCAGAUUCCCACUUACUUCGUCUUCACCACCAUCGCCGGGCUCACCGGGGUCAUCAUCACUCUGGCGCUCAUCCUCAUCAUCACCUCCUCCAUGGAGGUCAUCAGGCGCAGCUACUUCGAGGUGUUCUGGUACACCCACCACCUCUUCGUCAUCUUCUUUGCGGGCCUCGUCUUCCACGGAGCCGGGCGCAUUGUGAGGAGGGAAAUAUAUCCCGAAGAACUGGAGAUACAGCAUAACUUCACGUUUUGUAAAGAUCGAGUUCAGGACUGGGGAAGGAUUCCCGAGUGCCCCAUCCCUAAGUUUGCGGGAGGGUUCCCACAGACCUGGAUGUACGUGAUUGGCCCGAUGGUUAUUUAUCUCUGCGAGCGCCUGGUGCGUUUCAUCCGCUACAUGCAAAGAGUCCAGUACAGGAAGAUCGUGAUGCGCCCUUCCAAAGUGCUGGAGCUGCAGCUGAUGAAGAAAGGGUUCAAAAUGGAGGUGGGCCAGUAUGUCUUCCUCAACUGCCCGGCCAUCUCCCAGCUGGAGUGGCAUCCGUUCACCAUGACCUCGGCCCCUGAAGAGGACUUCUUCAGUGUCCACAUCCGCUCUGCUGGGGACUGGACAGAAAAACUCAUCGAUAUCAUGCAGAAGCUGCCCGAGGGAGCUCAAGGACCCAAAAUGGGCGUGGACGGGCCUUUUGGCACGGCCAGCGAGGACGUGUUUGACUACGAGGUCGGCAUGCUGGUCGGCGCCGGCAUCGGCGUCACCCCCUUCGCCUCCAUCCUCAAGUCCAUCUGGUACAAGUUCAAGGAAUCCAACCCCAAACUGCGCACCAGGAAGAUCUACUUCUACUGGCUCUGCCGGGAGACGCACGCCUUCGAGUGGUUUGUGGACCUCCUGCAGGUGCUGGAGAGGGAGAUGGUGGAGAGAGGCAUGGGGGACUUCCUCACCUACAAGCUCUUCCUGACCGGAUGGGACGAAAGCCACGCUCACCACGUGAAAACCAAUUACGACAAGGACAUAGACGUGAUCACGGGGCUCAGACAGAAAACGAACUACGGCCGGCCCAACUGGGACAAGGAGUUCGAGCAAGUCCGCAAAGAGAACCCGGCGUCUGUGGUGGGAACUUUCUUGUGCGGCCCUGUGGUUCUGGCUAAAGUUUUGGAGAAGAAAUGCGGCAAGUACUCGGACGUGGACCCUCGCAAGACCAAGUUUUACUUCAACAAGGAGAACUUCUGAGCCACACGGCUGAAAAACUCACUGGGGGGGACGAGCACGGUUUGUUUGAUGGCAGAUUAUCUGAAGGCGACUGAGGGCUGUGAAGCUACGUGGCAACCUGUUCCACAGGAAGUGAACGUCCACGCUGCUCCUGCUCUGAUCAAGCAUGAGGUCCUUAUCGGGACAGUUCAAAGUUUGACCCUCUUUGUCCCCACGUUACUGUAAAUCAUUGUGGAUCAUAACAGUAAGUCAUAAUGACUGUAGAUCUGUUGUAUUAUUUUGGGCUGCUCAAGCCCGGUUAACUGUUACAAAAAGUAAAUGCAUUAAAAUCAGGGUGUUUUCUGUUGGGGGGGAAAAUUAGGUUCAACUUAAAUAUGAUUUAAAAUAAUCUGUUUCUUCUUGAAUCUUUACAUUCAGUAUUUUUCCCUUUUAAAAAGCACUAAAAAUAUAUUUAAAUUUCCCAUAAUUUGCCUUUGGUGAAAAACUGUAAAUAUACAAAUGAGCUCUGAACAAAUGUCUGAUAUCAAUGAUCUAAGCUUUUGUCAGGUUUCCAGUUGAAGGAAACUGGCUUCCUGGUAACUGACAUUUCCUUAUUAUCUGUAAUUUUGUCAGUAUUUCCUGAACAGAAGACAUGAAGGUAAACCAGGAAAGAAUUGGUUUAAGUGUAACAUGAAGUUAAUCUUUCCUAAGGAUCCAAAUUGAAUUUGUUUGUCUUAUGUCAUGUUUUUCUAAAAUUUCUUCUUGUUUACUCCCAACUACUCUGGAACAAUAAAAAAAAACAACUAUGAAACUAA